AUGACACAUGUCAGGGAGCAAAAAGAUUUAGGAAAUUAUGGAAAUUUAACCAUGAGAUUCUGGGACAUCUUGCUAAGAAGCAAGACGUGGCCAGAUGAGAGACCUGAUGACAAGCCUUACUCUGGAUGGUUACAUCUUGGGAUGCCUGGGAUUGGUACCCCAGUACAACUUAAUCCUCUCAAUUUUUUCAGCAUUAUGAGACUCUGGAAGGACCCUGCACUGGGAGGCAAAGGAAAGGAGUUGCUGAUUAUUGGAGGUUCUUUUGGUCUUUGUGAGUUUUCACAAAUCCAUUAUGAUGCUGUGAAGAUUAAAAUUGAUCCUGAGUUAGAAAAAAAGCUGAAAAUGAAUAAAGUGUCAUUGGAAUCAGAGUAUGAGAAAAUAAAGGACUCCACUUUUGACGAGUGGAAGAAUAUUCAAGGACCCAGGCCUUGGGAAGAUCCUGACCUUCUCCAAGGAAGAAACCCAGAAAUUCUUAAGACUAAGACAACUUGCCUAUGCUGA